AUGGCUGCUGGCCUGGAGAAAGCUUGUCACCGGUGCAUAUCUAAAAUUGCCAGUAACGCAUGCUUUAUUUUUGGGCUUCUUGCUUUCCUUGCUUUACCACUGUCCAUGGCUUUUACAGGAAUGAAGUUUUUGGAAGACUGCCCACUUCAACCACUAAUUCCCUUAUAUCUGUUGGUGGGUGGUGUUGUCGGCAGUUUAAAGGUGACUCUUCUGCUUUAUGACUCCACCAGGAUGCGGCAACUGCUUUCCAAAUCUGUCGUGAUUGAUGAUGACGACGAUGAUGAAUAUCCAUGGCGGCAGAAUGCUCACAAAUACUACAUCCAUCUUACGCUCAGCCUCUUCCUCUUUAUCUGGUUCAUACUUGGGAACUAUUGGGUGUUUUCUGUCUACCUGCCAAAUUUCAUUCCACCUUUCCACCAGCCCCAGGAUUAUUGUGAUAAAACCCUGUACAUUUUUGCUGUUGGAGUUCUUAUCAUUAGUCAUACUGUGCUGUUUUUGCUUAUCUUUUGUAGCUUCUGCAUAUAUUGUUUUUCUAGGCGAAGAUAUGCUGCAGAAGAGGAUUAA